AUGAUUCUCAUACUCGUCGCUGCUCUAAUCUCCAGCGUCUUCUGCUCCCUGAUGACGGAACAACUUCAAAAGCAAAUCGUGGCAGUGCACAAUGAUAUGCGCAGCAAAUGUGCUCGCGGAAUAUUGCAAGGUCGUGACGAGAAAAUCGGUCCAGCCGCUUUCAUGUGGCAUAUGAGAUGGAACGUGAAUUUCGCGCGAUUAGCACAAGCCUACACCGACACUUUUCCCACUGCACACAAUCUAAAACACGUGGCAGACAAUUUAUCCGAUAAUUAUUACUAUGCAUCAUCUCCCAAGAAACUAGACGCUGGAAAGACUGUGAUGGAAGCGCUGAAGAUUUGGCAAAACCGAGUGACGAAGAAUUCAUGGGACGGCAAUGUGUUGACACAAUCGCAUUUGGCGAAAAAUAUGGCGGAUGCUGUGAGAAUGCUGUGGGGCUCGAAUGCCGGUGUUGGAUGUGGAUUGUCAGCGAGAUCGAGAGCUGGAAAACAAAACGAGUUGUUCUUUGUGUGCUUUUAUGGACAGCCGAUGGAUGUUGGGAAGGAGAUCUUCAAGAAGGGUCCAACGUGUUCGGCGUGUACGGGGACUAGAAAAUGCGAUAAAUCGAUUGGGUUGUGUAAGGGAAAUUGGAGAUGA